AUGGUCGAAUACGCUGCUAUCGGAAACGCAAAACUGGCUUACCGUUUGACCGGUCCUGCCGAUGGCCCUCUGAUAAUCACUCUACAUGGAGGUCGAGGUUUUGGAAGCCACAGUUCCGACUUCAAGGCUUAUCACCCGCUAUCCUCGUCUUAUCGGGUCCUCUCGUUUGACUUUCGAGGACAUGGCCAAAGCUCGAGGACUGAGCCUUACACAUUCAAUCAGCUGGUUGAAGACAUCGAGGGAAUGCGGCGGCAUGUCCUCGGUGACAAUCAUCCUUGCAUCAUCUGUGGUGGCAGCUUUGGUGGGUUCCUAGCUCAGCAGUAUGCAAUUACAUACCCAUCCAUGGUUUCGCAUUUGAUUCUGCGGGGAACUGCUCCUUCUUAUCAUCAUGAGGAAAUGGCCAUUCGGACACUUGAAAAGCGGGCUUCGAAAGCUCCUAACUUCUCUGUCAAAUUCUUGCGAGAUGGAAUUUUUGGAAAGUUUGACAGCGAUCUUGAAUUCAGGCUUGUCAUGUAUGCAGCGGCACCACUCUAUAGUGAGAGUUUCGACCCAGAAGCUGCUUUAAAAGCCAACAUCAACACAGUUUUCUAUGCGAAAUCACAUAAUCAGCUCCAAUCCAUCACCGCAAAGACAUUGAUUAUUGUGGGAGAAUUUGAUUGGAUUUGCCCAAAGGAAAACUCGGAAGAUAUUGCAUCGAGAGUGCCCGGCGCACAUCUAGCAGUUAUUGCAAAUGCAAACCACGCAGUUCACCAGGAGAAAAAUGCGGAAGUCAUAGAUUUGAUCAGGAACCAUCUUGCGUAA